AUGAGUAGAGUCUCGACAUUAUUCAGAAGUGAAAGGAAAGGGGGGCAUGACCGCUGCGUGAACAUUGCACGUCAGACAGGAGAAGAGUCGGCAGCAUUGAAAGCCAGAGCGUCGGGAGUUGCAGUGCCCGAGAUCUCAGCAGAAGAAUGCGAAGAGGCCCCAACUGGAACAGACACUGAUGUAUGGGCUGAGGAGUCCCUAAGAGAAUCAGACGCUAGAGAGAUGUUUGGCUUUCCCCACUUUGGUGAACUUGGCUUCGAACUUGGAGACGGCCUCGCCGUGCAGGAACGGCAGACAGAGACGAGCAAACGAGAGGAACUCGGCAAUACUCUAAAGGACUUCCUUGACUGCAUUAAGCAAGUUAAAGGAACAGUCACAGAAGACAUGCAGGCAAUGAGCCGCGAACUUGCCAGACACUCCGUCGGCGCCACUUCUGCCAAAUCUUUUGCCGAGCUGCAGCAUCACCUCAACGAGAUCGUCCAACUAAGUGGUCCCGAGUUGGGCUGCGCUUGGUCUACUGUGAAGGUGGGCUUGGGAGUCGCUUCUGUCUUCUCUGGGAACCUCUUAGUUGGCAGUUUCAUGGUGGCUCUUGCCGCUGGCUCCCUGGGGACUUCGAUCAUAUGGAAGGCUCACAGAGACAGUCAGAGGAAUCCAGCAGCAUUGACAAAGACAGCAGAAGUUGCAGAAAUAGACCUUGAAAACGCAGGAGAAGGUGCAGGAGCCAGAAGAUGUGUAUCACGCAUCCUAACGAACGAGAACGGGGGCAGUCGGCGGCUCUGCCAGAGCGUUUUACCGUUUAGCAGACAGUUCAAGGCGAGGAGAGAUUCGCUACAGGUGGCUCCACACGGAAAAGAAGGCGGAGAUGACUCCAUGCGAAGCGGAGCUCCACAACAGCGGCUGACAGAAUACGACGCCUGGAGUGGGGAGGGGUAA